UGGAGCACCAUAGAAACUGGGCUCCAGCCUACAACUGAUGUCACGUUACAUAUAAGAGCUGUGGCCAUACUCUUGAUCCUCCUGUUUGUGGAGAAAGCCGGUAACCAUCAUCAACUUAAGAUCACAUUUUAAGGAGCCGCACACUAACCUCUGCAGCCAUGGAAUUCCAGUCAACUGCGAUAAACUCUCAGCCUCAGGUCACAGUCACACAGUACACUGUGUCCUCAGGAUCAUCGGAAUGGAGUUCAAACGUGUGCGACUGCUGUGAAGACUGCGGCAUUUGUCUUUGUGCAACAUUCGUUCCCUGUAUCCUGGCCUGUAAGGUGGCUCAGGAUAACGAUGAGAGUUGCUGUUUGCCCUUUUUGCCCGGCGCCAUGAUUGCUUUAAGGACAAGUAUCCGCAACAGAUACCGCAUUGGAGGUUCAGUUUGUGAUGACUGGGUAGUCAUGGCGUGUCUGCCGCUGUGUGGACUGUGUCAAAUGGCACGGGAGCAGAAGAUGAGGGGAUGAAAACGAGGGACAAAGCAAGACGAUAUGUGGAAAUUUGACACUUUACACAAUUUCUGUUUAUGAAAUAAAAUUUUGAAAUUUACUGGCAUGACCAUAAUUAGGUAUGUAAUUGCCUAAAAAAGUAAGAAUAACAGCCUGAUAAUGAAACCUAGCUGCCAAUUUAUUUUGUUUUAGUAUCCUAUAAUGUUAUUGUAUACUAGUGAAGAAUUCAAGAGGUUUAUUGUCAUAUGCACAGAAAACUAGACAGCUAAACUGUACAGUAAAAUUCUUGCAUUGCUGAUCCUUUCUUAACCAACUGUACAUAAUGUAGAAAAAAUAUUAUACAUUCUGUAUAUACUUAUAUAUACAUUGUAUACAUAUUUCAAAGUAUUUGAAAUGUGAGCAGCAUGUUAGAGAGUUGGAACCAGGCUAAAUAUUUGCGAUCUUUCAUCAAAGGUUAAACAGCGACACACUGUGCUGAAACUGUGUUAAUGCAAGGAACCAAUAAAAAAAAGACUGAAGAAGGAACUGCUCAAGUUUACAGCAACAAUGACUUUUCUUGAACAGUGAAUGAACAAGUCAAUAGUGAUGAAUUCAACCAUUAUUUAUUUUAGAAAGUAAUACUGUUUUUUCAUACGAUAUAAUUCAGUAAUAUGUGUGCGUUGUGUAUGCAUGUAAUAUUCUGUAAAAGUCUCAGAUGUUUAACUGACUGAUGUAAAUUCACUCAAGCGACAGUAUUUCAAUGAAACCACAUUCAGUUGUGUUGACAAUGAACUUUUUCAAAAUGCCUGAGCUGCAAAAAAAACCCAAAACAUUAAAAUGAGAAGUACGGGUUGAA